UCUGAAUUCUGUUUGCAGAAUUUGAUUUAUAAUCGACCCUAUUUCUUACCAUGUGUUUGUCUCCAUGUUUUUAAAUUCAAUUGGAAAUUAAUUGUUGAUUUUUCGUUAAAUUAAUUGUUUUGGUUUUUUAAUCUAGUUAAUUGAUUUUAUUCUAAUCAUCUUUAGUUACGUGUUGGUUAAUUUCUGUUUUCAAUCGAGAUCAUCAUUGUGUUGGUACUUUUUUAACUGAGAUUCGAAGAUUAAUAUUACAAUAUGAAACAUAAGAAAAAAAAGCCAAGUGGUGCUGAUGUGCCUGAACCAGAGGAAUUGAAAAGUGCACCUCACUCAUUUGUUAUUAAACGAGGUAAAAUUGGUAAAUCAGGUCAAUCAUUGAUGUUGGAUCUUAGGAAAGUAUUGGAACCAUUUACAGCCGCUAAUUUAAAGGUUCGAAAAAAGAACGUGGUCAAAGAUUUUGUCGCUGUCGCUUCUAUAUUCCAUGUCACCCAUUUAUUGAUCUUCACUCGAACCAAGAAAGCAAUGUACCUACGAUUUGCUCGACUUCCUCGAGGACCAACCUUAGUUUUCAAGAUAUCUUCAUUUGCUCUGGUAAAAGAUGUUGUCUCAAGCCUUAGAAAACCAGUAAUUCAACCCAAAGCUCAUAUGAAUCCGCCGAUUAUUGUAAUGAAUGGAUUGGCCGAUGAAAGUGAUCUCAAGUGUAAAUUAAUGCGUUCAAUGUUUCAAAACCUUUUCCCAAGUAUCGAUAUUAACACGGUUCGAGUGGGUCAACUUAAAAGAGUUGUACUAAUCAAUUACAACAAAGAAGAAAAUUCCCUUGAAUUUAGACAUUAUUCUGUGAGCCUUAAACCAGUGGGAAUUUCUAAACCUGUGAAAAAAUUGGUCUGUGGUAAAAAAUUACCGAAUUUGGGUAAAUUGUUAUCAGUCGAAGAUUUUUUCAAUCGUGAUUUGGGUCUAAGUGAAUCGGAAGGUGAAGGUCUUGACGAAGUGGAAACUGAUCGACAUAUUAAAUUAACCGAAAGUUCAAUUAAACCGGGAAAUUUAGUAAACGAGAAAAGUGCCAUCAGAUUAACAGAAAUUGGUCCCAGGAUAACACUUAAAUUGAUCAAAAUCGAAGAGGGUUUGAUGUCGGGCAAAGUUUUAUUCAAACAAUCAAACAAAAGUGGAGCAAUUAAAUCACCAUCAGCCGAUGCUAAAACAGCUAAUUAAGAGACGAAAUUAAUUACAUCAAAUUUUCUUUAAUAUUGACAGUGAGAAAAAAGCAAAAAAAAAUCCUAAGCAAUCAAAUCUUUAAUCAUUGUAAUCACAAAGGUUGGAAUUAAUUUUUUCACGAUUAUAAUCAAUACUUUAACCGUGAUUAAAAACAUCAUUCUAAUAAUCUAA